UAAAAAUGUAAUAAAAAGCUAAACAAUUCUUUGCUACAUAUGGCAAAUUGGGAUUAAGUGUUUAUUUUUCAAUUUCAUUAGUUAAUUAUGGAAUAGUUUAUAUUGCAUUGAAGUAAGGAGUAGAUUUCAAAUAAUUUGGAUAAAAGUUUUGUCUUAUUAUUAUUAAACAUUAGGUUAGGAUGCGAUACAACUUAGGAGAAAUGGGAAUAGUUUGAAACAUUUGGUACACCUACAGCAGCAUAUAUUAUAUAUAAGCUGAUGGCCCCAAUAAAAUGGCCAGUUGUAAUUGGAACUACAGCUUGGAUAUGUAGAAAAGGAAAAAAAUGAAUGAUUGAUUAUUAAAUAAAUUGCAAAGAAUUUUGAAUAUAAAAUU